AUGGCGUUGAACGUCAUAACUUCUGGGCGUGUAUCUUCAGCCACAUCUUUGACCUUCGCUUCCACCGUUAGAGCCUUCGUCAAAACCACUCGAUUUGCUUCCUCUCCGUCGCAUCUUAAUCUCCUCAAUCGUCCUUCCGUCUCCUCCCCUUCGUCAUUUUCUCGUAGCUUCCACCGUGGUCGUAUUGUGGCGAUGGCUUCCCCUGCUCCUGGAUCAGUUAACAAGCCUGAGGAAGAGUGGCGAGCGAUUCUGUCUCCUGAGCAAUUCAGAAUUCUGAGGCAGAAAGGCACUGAGUAUCCAGGAACAGGAGAAUAUAACAAAGUAUACGACGAAGGCAUCUACUCUUGUGCUGGAUGUGGAACUCCUCUGUACAAAUCCGCAACCAAAUUCGACUCCGGUUGCGGCUGGCCAGCUUUCUUUGACGGAAUCCCCGGUGCCAUAAACCGAACCGCUGAUCCAGAUGGGAGAAGAAUCGAGAUCACGUGUGCAGCUUGUGGAGGACAUCUAGGUCAUGUGUUCAAAGGAGAAGGCUUCCCUACGCCUACCGAUGAACGACAUUGUGUCAACAGUGUCUCUCUCAAGUUCGCACCAGGGAACCCAACACUCUUGCUAGUGAGGGUUGAAAUUGGGCGCGCCUUCAAGCGUGAUGGUCAAGAUUUGAGAGAGGAGCUCUUGAAGCUUGGUACUAUCUUGAGGCACACCAUAAAUCCUAAAUAUGCUGCACAACCUCUCAAAGCAUUUGGUUUUAUGGGAGGAGAGUGGAUUGCAUAA